CGCCCCGACCUUCUUCAGUGGUAAAAACCUUUGACUUGACUCCAAACGCUGGAGGUUCCUCACUGAUAAACAUGUUAGUCUGGGUAGUCUUUGCAGUUGCAAUUUUUUUGCUAGGACUUUUCUUCUUUCUUGCUAGGACUUUUCCUUACUUUAUCCAGGAUGUCAAAUACGUGCUCGCUAAAUUGAAAGCGCGGCGCUGCAUGUUAAAGUACAUGCAGACCAACUUCACCAUCCUGGAGCGGUUUCUAGAGGCGGCGAGGACGCAGCCGGACAAGCCGUUCAUUCACUUUAAAGAUGAAACUUUCACCUACCAGGACGCCGAUGCCCUCAGCAACAAAGCCGCAAGAGUCUUCCUGCAGAGCGGGCUCGUUAAACAAGGCGACACGGUGGCGAUGUUAGUCGGAAACGAGCCGAUGUUCGUGUGGCUCUGGCUGGGCCUGGUGAAGAUCGGAUGUUCCGCUGCUUUUCUCAACUACAACAUCAGAUCCAAGUCCCUGUUACACUGCUUCAACUGCAGCGGGGCCAACACGCUGGUCGCAGCUGCAGAGUUACAGGAUGCUGUGGAGGAGGUCCUGCCCAGUCUGUUGGAGCAGCAGGUCAGUGUUUACAUCCUGGCUGACGGAUGCAAAGCUGCAGGUGUGGAGAGCUUCAGAGAGAAAAUGAGCCAGGCCUCCUCUGAGCCUCUAUCCAAGGAUUUAAGGUCACAUUUAACCUUGCAGAGUCCGGCAGCCUACAUAUACACAUCUGGGACAACAGGUCUCCCUAAAGCAGCAGUGAUCACUCAUGCCAGACUGUGGGGCAUGUCUUCGAUUCAGUUCUUAACAGGAGUGAACUCUAGAGAUGUGAUUUACAUCAGCCUCCCUCUGUAUCACAGCACCGGCUUCAUUGGUGUCACCGGAGCCAUUGAAAGAGGUAUCACCGUGGCUUUGAGGAGUAAAUUUUCUGUCUCUCAGUUCUGGGACGACUGCAGAAAAUAUGACGCCACUGUCAUACAGUAUAUAGGUGAAACUAUGCGUUACCUCUGCAACACACCAAAGAAACUCAGUGAUCGAAGCCACAAAGUAAGACUUGCAAUAGGCAACGGGAUUAGAGCAGAUGUGUGGAGGGACUUCAUAAGCAGGUUUGGAAACGUUGAGAUCAGAGAGCUUUAUGGAGCAACGGAGGGGAAUUUUGCUCUGCUGAAUUACAGCGGCAAGAUCGGAGCUAUUGGGCGAGACACCUUCCUCAACAAGAGAUUUUUUCCUCAUGCUGUGAUCAAAUACAACGUAGAAAAAGGAGAGCCUGUGAGGGAUUCAUCUGGUUUCUGCAUUGAGGCCGACAAAGGUGAGCCUGGACUCCUGGUGUCUGAAAUAUCAGCGAGGGCUCCGUUCUCUGGUUAUGUGAGAGACCUGCAGCAGACGGAGAAGAAGAAGCUGCAUAAUGUCUUCAAGAAAGGAGACGUGUACUUGAACACCGGCGACCUGAUGCGCAUCGAUGAGGAUCAUUUCAUCUACUUUCAGGAUCGAGUUGGAGACACGUUCAGAUGGAAAGGAGAAAACGUGGCCACCACUGAGGUCGCAGACGUCAUCUCGCUGGCUGGCUGCGUCAAAGAAGCCACCGUGUAUGGAGUUAAAGUUCCAGGUCAGGAGGGCAGGGCUGGGAUGGCUGCCGUUACUUUAAGAGACGGACUGAAAUUUGACUCCGUGGAUGUUUUUAAACAUGUUGAAAAUUUCCUGCCAGCCUAUGCACGACCCCGUUUUAUGAGGAUUCAGAGCUCUUUGGACGUAACGGGCACGUUCAAGCAUUUGAAGGUGAAGCUGGUGGAGGAGGGCUUCAACCCAAAUCUAAUAACGGACCCAGUCUACUUUCUGGAUGAAAAAAAAAAGAAUUACAUCCCACUUAUGAUGGACAUAUUCAAUGGAGUUAAUUUAGGGGAAAUUAAAAUUUAAAGAGAUUUUCACGCCCCCUCUUUUUAAAAGAAAAAUCCACCUGUUUGCACUGUAACACGUCACCCACCCCACCUGAGAUGUUCAAUGCAUCUGAAGUGUUGUGAUUUAUCUUCACCACUUUACGUCUGUACUUCCACUUCAGCAGUAACUGAAAUGCAAAUGAUUUAAUUCUCCUCCAGAGAUCGUGUUUGAUCGUGUUGCACUGAGCCGUGAGAUUGACACAUUUACUCCACACAAAUUCUGCGAAACUGUAGCUUCAACCGGGGCAAGAAAGCUAAUUUUUCCAGUUGAGAAAACUGAGCGCUGUGAGCGUCUCGUUCAAACGGUUUGUUUCUCGUUGCAAUGCAUUCUGGUCUGUUGAGGAUUUUGUCAGUGUAUGCAAUGCUGUCCUCUUUCUAUGAUUGUUGCGUGUGUUGUCACGUCCCUCCCUCUUUUUAAGGCUGAAUGAUUAGAGUGAUAUAAUAUCUGCAGGUUUUGGUGUGUUUGAUAUGUUCUGCUGUCUUUAACACACACUCGUUUACAUUCUGCUUAUUUUUUGUAAAUAUUUGAGUCUGUUAAUUUCAAAUAAAAUAUCCUUU